CUCCACACUUAUUAUAUCCCCCACCUCUCUCUCUUCCUCCCAGAAACAACUCUUCUUCUUCUCUCAUCACACACACUCCCACCAACAUGUCUGCCAUCCCCAUCCCCGCAGAGAAGCUCGUCUUCAAGGCUCCCCCGCCUGCCUUCUCUGACAUCGCCAAGUCCUCCAACGACCUCAUCAACAAGGACUUCUACCACGCCGCCGCUGCCGCCCUCGAGGUCAAGCUCAAGGCUCCUAACGGUGUCAACUUCACUGCCAAGGGAACGUCUUCCCACGAUGGCCCCGUCUCUUCCUCUCUCGAGGGAAAGAAGUCGCUCUCCAACGGCAUCAGCAUCACCCAGUCGUGGAACACCGCCAACCUCUUGAACACCAAGGUUGAGCUCAACGAUACCUUCACCAACGGCCUCAAGACCGAGCUCCUCUCCAACUUCUCCCCCGAGAAGGGCAACAAGGGCCAGAAGCUCAACUUCCACUUCAAGCAGGCCAACUUCCACGGCCGUGUCUUCGGUGACUACAACCCCAGCGGUGCCGUCAGCGCCAUCGCCGAUGCCGUCCUCAGCCACGAGGGCUUCGUCGUCGGUGGUGAGGUCGGUUAUGACGUCCAGAAGGCCGCCAUCACCAAGUACUCUGCCGCCCUCGGCUACACUGGCCUGACCUACAACGCCGCCGUCACUGCCACCAACUCCCUCAGCAUCUUCGCUGCCUCCUACUACCAGAAGGUCAACCCCGCCGUCGAGGCCGGCGCCAAGGCUACCUACGACACCAAGCAGGGCUCCGCCGUCGGUCUUGAGCUUGCCGCCAAGUACAAGAUUGACACUGCUUCCUUCGCCAAGGCCAAGAUCAACAACCUCGGCAUUGCCUCCCUCGCCUACAACACCCGCGUCAACAGCGGCCUCACCUUCGGCAUCGGUGGAUCCUUUGAUACCCAGAAGCUCAACGAGUCCGGCCACAAGCUCGGAACCAGCUUCACCUUCGAGGGUUAAGCGUGGACGCGAAACCCCAAGAUCCAGCUCGCCCGUUGUCCCCCUCCUCCUCCUCCUCCUCCUCCUCCAACCUUCUCUGUCAUUGUAUGUAUAGAAAAGUAGAUUACUUGGUACCGAGCGUGGGUGCGAUGAGAGAAUGAAUAAAUAAAAGAGUUUUCGAAAAUGAAGAAGAUGAUCCAAUUCAUAAAAAGCAGAGGAGUUGAAAUCCAAUGUUUUUACAAUGUUUUCACACUUUCUGUUUGGGAAAUGGAGUAUGCAAGGUUGUACUUGUCUCUGCGUCUCUAUGUCUAUUACCUUGAUGUCAUGAUUGUAUGUACAACAAACGUCUGCGUCUUCCCCCUAACAUGAUAUCUGUCUACCCGUGCAAUGUGAGUGUAAUAGCCCUAGAACUCUUUUGAAGAAAAUG